AUGUGCUAAAGUAUUUCAUUUAAUUAUCUGGGAACUAUAAUGGCUACUAGUUUGAAUAAUAAAAUUAAAAUAUGGAAUUUUUUAAAUGGAAAAUGUGAUGAACUUACAAAUUUAGAGGGUCAUUAAUGUUAUGUAACUUGCUUAAAAUUUAGUAAUUACUAAAAUACUCUUUUCUCAAGUGAUCAUUUGAUAGUAAUUUGGAAAUAUACACAAUUAUAAUGUUGGAAAAGCUUUGAAACUAAAUUAGGGCACAAACAUAAUAUAUUAUGCAUGAUUUUAAAUAAAAAUGAAAAUAGUUUGAUCACUGGUGGUGCAGAUUACAUAAUUAAGGUUUGGAGUUUAGAUUUAGAGAAUUUGAUGAUAAAAGAGUAAUAUCUAUUAAAUAAACAUUAAGAUUCAGUUUUAUCUUUAGAUUUAAAUCAAUCUUAAAAUAUCUUGGUAUCAUGUGGAGAGGAUAGAUAAAUAAUAAUCUGGCGUAAGGAAAAAUAAAAUUAAUGGUAUUUUUCAUAAAUUGUUACACAAUCUUUUGUUGAUUUUGGUUGUAGACUAGCCUUUUUAACAGAUCAUAAAUUUAUUUGGGUUUCUAGUGGAGAAUCAGGAUAAGCUUGUUUAAAUGAAUUUGAAAUCUAGGAUGAAAAUUUUCAAGAGAAUUAAAAUUCAACAAUUUAUCUUUAGAAUAAAGAUGACUUAAGUGAUUAUGGUCUAUUUCCCAUAGUUUAUAAUCAGUUGAAUGAAAUAUUAGUAGUCAAACAUAAAUAUAGUAUUUACAUUUUAAAAUUGACCUUUGAUAGAGGACUUAUUAUUGUAGAAGAAAUAAGAUGCUAAGAUUUGGCAACAUUUGGAAUAUUAACUAAUGAUGGUAAGUUUUUGAUUUUCUGGUAAAAUUUUGAAAAAUAAUUUUAUAUAUAUUAAUUAUAAGGUUAUAAAUGA